AUGCACGGUCACCUGUUCCGUUACGUACUUCAUAAUGGCUCGUGUUGUUUGGCUUGCCUUAUACAUCUAACAUCGGCUCGCGAUCCUGUGCUUCGUUUCCAGGUUGGCAGCGUACGCUGCAGGUUGCAUUGACUCGGCACCGGCCAAAAUCGCCAAAGGGAACGUAUCUGCCAUCAAUCAUAACGACUGAGCGCGUCUAGCUCAAUCCGUGCCCAAUCCUGACGCUAUCGAAGACACCAUGGCUUCCAUCGACAACGCCACGCCCGCCACAAUCGAUCCGCAAGCUGCCGUUGCAGGGCAAACGGAUCUGGCCAACGAAGAUGCAAGCGGGCUGGCCACUAGGGCAAGUGAAGUGCAUCACAUCCCCGAAGAAGAGAAGAAGCGACUGGAGCUGUUGAUCAAGAAUCGCGCUGAUGCGAAAGAGCUGCAGGACAAAAACAUCCUCAAGCACUCAAACGUCGCUCCGGCGCUGCAAGCCGCGCAAGCAGAACUAUUGCGCAACCAGCUUGAAGACAAGCUAGAGGGCAGGCUGGAACGCCGACCCGAUGUUCAAGAUCUUGUCAACCGCGGCAUCCUCAAAGAUCAAAAGAUCGCCCCAGCGCUCCAGGACAAGGCAGAGGCGCUGCAGCGCUCUCAGCUGGAGGACAAGCUCGAAGGCCGACUCGAACGUAGGCCAGAAGCGCAAGACCUGGUCAAACGUGGCAUUCUGAAGGACAGCAAGAUUGCACCUGCGCUGCAUGAAAAGGCAGAGGCGCUGCAAAGGUCCCAACUGGAGGACAAGCUCGGGAAGGAAGUGGCCGCGCGGCCGACGCCCGAUGAGCUCAAGGCCAAGGGCAUUCUGCAGUAGACUUGCUCGUGCUUUUGUCGAUAAAGCCUUGAUAGUUCUCGCAAGACUAGGAAUCUGGAAAAGACAUUAUCCUGUAU